AAGCCCGAGGCGGCGGGGCUGGCGCAGGCGGAGCUCGCGCCAGCGGAGCAGCAGCGGAGGCCGGAGUGGGUUGGGGGCUGCCCAGUGAGGUUACUCUGCGGGUCCCGGCCUCGCGCGCACGUGCCCGCCUGUUCGCGCUCGUGGUCCUGGGCGCAGCAGGAAAGGCAUAAUGCUGUCAGCAUGUCUGCACACUCCAUGCUCUGUGAAUGGAUCGCCAUAGCCAAGGAACUGAUGAAGAGAGCAGAAUCACUCUCCAGGUCAAGAAAAGGUGGCAUCGAAGGUAGUGCCAAGCUGUGCAGCAAACUGAAGGCAGAAUUAAAAUUCCUACAGAAGGUCGAAGCUGGGAAAGUAGCCAUUAAGGAGUCCCAUCUACAGAGCACUAACCUGACACACCUAAGAGCCAUCGUGGAAUCGGCAGAAAACCUGGAAGACGUGGUCAGCGUUCUCCAUGUCUUUGGUUACACAGACACCUUGGGCGAAAAGCAGACCCUUGUGGUGGAUGUCGUUGCCAAUGGUGGUCAUACUUGGGUGAAAGCCAUUGGCCGGAAGGCCGAAGCUCUGCAUAACAUUUGGCUGGGCCGGGGGCAGUAUGGGGACAAAAGCAUCAUUGAGCAGGCUGAAGACUUCCUCCAGGCCAGUCACCAGCAGCCGGUACAGUACAGCAACCCUCACAUCGUCUUCGCAUUUUACAACAGUGUCUCCAGCCCCAUGGCCGAGAAGCUGAAAGAAAUGGGUGUAUCUGUGAGGGGAGACAUAGUAGCCGUGAACUCUCUGUUAGAGCCCCGUGAAGAGCUCCAGGCCAGUGAGAGCGAAUCAGAUGAUGAUGGCCCCGAACUUUUGCGGGUGACCAGAGUAGACCGAGAAAACAUCCUAGCAAGUGUCGCGUUUCCAACAGAGAUCAAGGUUGACGUGUGCACAAGAGCCAACCUGGACAUUACUACUUUAAUCACAUAUGUAUCCGCCCUCAGCUACGGAGGCUGCCGCUUUAUCUUCAGAGAAAAAGUGCUCACCGAACAAGCAGAGCAAGAGAGGAAAGAGCAGGUUCUGCCACAGCUGGAGGCAUUUAUGAAGGACAAGGAGUUGUUUGCCUGCGAAUCUGCGGUCAAGGACUUUCAGUCUAUCCUAGAUACCUUAGGAGGACCCGGGGAGAGAGAGCGGGCUGCUAUGCUAAUUAAGCGAAUUAAUGUGGUCCCAGACCAGCCUUCUGAGCGUGCCUUGAAACUAGUGUCCAGUUCAAAAAUCAACAGCCGCUCAUUAACGAUCUUUGGGACAGGAGACACCCUAAAAGCCAUCACAAUGACUGCCAAUAGUGGUUUUGUCAGAGCUGCCAACAACCAGGGUGUUAAGUUCAGUGUGUUUAUCCAUCAGCCCAGAGCACUUACUGAGAGCAAAGAGGCCCUAGCUACCCCCUUACCAAAAGACUGCACAACCGACAACGAACACUGAUGAUAUCCUUUAAAUACUGUCAUGGGAAUAAGUUAUUUAUACCAAAGGCUGUGUC